CUGCCUUAUUGUCAUGUAACUGAUCAUUGCAGAAAACGAAAGUGGCUUGUUAUUUCAUAUGACGAAAAGCGUCUACCACGCUGUGAAACAUUCAUGGUCCGACAUGACUACUUGUGUACAGAAGAUCCAAACGUUCAAGUUCGUUUACGAUCAAGAAGUCAACAUGGUCGCACAACGUACACAAUAACAACUCGGCGUUAUGAUGGCCCAGAACCAGUGGAAACACGGAUGCAGUUAAAUUACCGCGAGUACAUAAGCUAUAAGAAGAUGGGAGAUCGCUCAAGAGUUCCAAUAAACAAAGAAAGACGAUGCUUCAUGUUUGGAAGACAGUACUAUCAUUUGGAUACAUACACAUCACCGCUGCCACCAUCGUGCGGAGAAAAACCGCUGAUGUUGCUGGAAACGUAUACAACAGCGCCAGUUGGUAACACCGAGGAGCCACCGCUUCCUGAUUUCAUGACGAUUGCCGGAGAGGUGACGGGUGAUCCAGAAUACAGUAUGUAUACAAUCGCAAAAUUGGAUAGUGAAAAAACUAACAUGAAUCGAUAG